GCCGUCCCGGGCCAUUCGAGUCAUUUUAGCUCAUUUGAGAAGUCAUGUCUGGUCGUGGUAAAGGAGGCAAGGGUCUUGGAAAGGGGGGUGCCAAAAGGCAUCGUAAAGUUCUUCGUGAUAACAUCCAGGGUAUUACAAAACCCGCAAUCAGGCGUUUAGCUAGACGUGGCGGAGUCAAACGUAUUUCAGGUUUGAUUUACGAAGAGACUCGAGGUGUGCUCAAAGUUUUCUUGGAAAAUGUCAUUCGAGAUGCUGUCACUUACACCGAGCAUGCUAAAAGGAAAACUGUCACUGCUAUGGAUGUUGUGUAUGCACUAAAGAGGCAAGGACGUACCUUGUACGGUUUCGGAGGUUAAGCGAAAGUUGGAAUCCCUUGCACUGAAA